ACCUUUUUUCUGUGUUCCACUUUUUCUCUUCCAAUGUCUGUUAUCCUCUCAGAACCUUUUUCCCAUUUCAAUAGCCGUUAAUCACUUUUCAUUUCCUUACCCAUCAAAAUUUUCAAAACCAAAUAACCAAAGCCAUGCAACAACAUUCUACACUGCUACUAUAACAUUGUUGCAACUUGAAACUCAAAACUCUUGCCAAUUUCUUCUGAAAAAAAUUCAAAUGGGUUGCUGCUUCAGCACUCCUAACUCCAACCAACCCCAAAAUGAACUCCUUCAACAAAACUGCAAAAUCAGAAUCCCACAACCCCUUGAAGAGGAGUAUGUCAAAGAGGUUCUUUCUGAAACACCCAUCUCAAAACUACAACAAAUUCCAACUUUUAAGCCACAGAUCAAGACCCAAUUGCCCGUUAUUCAGCCCCCAGAGGUGCCCGUAAAAAAAGCGUUGGAACCUGAGGAAGUGUCUCUUGUGUCGGAAACAUGCAGCAACGGUGAGAGUUUCUCCACCACCACCACCACCGCCACCACCACGGUCACGGAAAACCGAGAAGAUGAAGCCACGAGCAAGAGAAGCAACGCAACUCGGAACCGGAAGCGUUCCUACGCCGUGGACGGCAAUAGAAUCAGCUCCAGGGAGCGGAGGCAGAAAUCUCCGGCGAGAAAGCCAGAAAUUCCGGUGAGGUCACGGCCGGUUCCCCGGAGAGAUUCUGAUCAGGUACGCCGUCUUUCCGGCGGGGGGUCCAUCCGGCGGUCGAGGUCACCAUCGCGUGGAGGCCGGAGUAAUAUCCGACCGCCGACGCGGCAGGUUCCGGUGACUAAAGAUGGCGUGCAGAGAAACGACGGCGUUUCGGUGAAGGAGUCAUUAGAGAACCCACACGUGUCAUUGGAGUGCUUUAUUUUUCUGUAGGUUGAGCAAGCAAGUUUCUCUGUUAGUUGUUUGAAGGGUUUUUGGUUUGAUAGAAGCAAUUUUGAGUGACAUCACAUGACAUGUUUGCAUUUUAGUAGCAGUUUCAAGUUCAUUCCUUUCCUUGUUUAUCGGACAUGUUACUCACAAAAUUGCUUCUGUAAAUACCUGCAACUCCAUAGAUGUUUUCCUUUUUCGUGUUCUAGCCUUAUAUUUCUGGUUAAUUUGUAUGGAAUCUGCAGCAAUAAUAUGUAAUGUUUUGCUCCAAUUCUAUACACUCUUGAAAUUGUGUGAUAGUAAUGCAGUGAAGCAAGAAUGGUCAUCGAAAUUGAAGAUCCUCUUUUAUUACUUUAUGGGGGAGGGAGAAGUAGAAGACAGAGACAGACACAGAGGCUUCUUUUGUUUAUGUGGUUUGUCUUCUUUUGUUUUCUUUUUUCUAUUGUGUUCAAGCAAGCGUGUACUCUCAUUUCAAGCGUGCGAAAAAGUGCAGAUACCCAGCAAACUGACAAAUCAUGAGACAGUUUUCUGUGAAAUGUUUUACACUUUACUGAUUUGAUUGUUAAUAGUUUGUUUUUUAUUCUAUUUACACCAUAAUUUUCAUUUCUC